UCUGCGUCUGCUGCGAGGACCUCCAACACACACACACCCGUAUGAACUUAUGGAGAACUCUUACGUCCUGCUCCUGUGGAUCGGCUCUCUUCUGCCAGGGCCCCAGACCUGCUUUAACAUCGACACACGACACGCAAAAAUCAUCCAGGGGUCAAAAGAGGCACAGUUUGGAUACACAGUUCAACAGCACGAGGCCGGAGGACGGAAAUGGCUGUUAGUUGGUGCUCCCUUUGAAAAGAGUGGUAAACAGCAGACGGGUGAUGUCUACAGAUGUCCAAUAGUCAACAAACCUGUGACCAACUGCACACGGCUGCAUCUAGGAAAGAUUUCCCUGAAUAAUGUGUCUGAGCGCAAAGACAGAAUGAGGUUAGGAAUGACUCUCACCUCAAACCCCAGAGACAACAGCUUUGUGGCGUGUGGACCGCUGUGGUCACAUGAGUGUGGAAGUUCAUACUACAGCCCGGGCGUCUGCUCGAGGGUCAACAGCACGUUUAAAUUCACCCACACCAUUGCUCCGGCCUUUCAAAGAUGUGAGACUUACAUGGACAUAGUCAUUGUGGUAGACGGAUCAAACUCCAUCUACCCCUGGUACGAGGUGCAAGAUUUCCUCAUCAACGUCCUACAGAAGUUUUACAUCGGACCAGGACAAAUCCAGGUGGGAAUAGUUCAAUACGGAGAGCGAGUUGUCCACGAGUUUCGUCUGAGUGAUUUCCGUACGGUAGGUGAGGUGGUAGCCGCUGCCAAAAACAUCGAGCAGCGAGGUGGAGAGGAAACCCGCACGGCUCUGGGGAUCAAUGUGGCACGAACUCAAGCGUUCAAACACGGAGGUCGUCCGGAUGCUAAGAAGGUCAUAAUCGUGAUCACAGAUGGGGAGUCGCACGACAGCGCAGACUUGAAGAACGCCGUUGAGGAAAGCGAGAAGGACAACAUCACGUUGUAUGGGAUCGCUGUUCUUGGCUACUACAACCGGCGAGGCAUCAAUCCCGAGGCCUUUCUAAGGGAAAUCAAGUCCAUCGCCACGGACCCCGAAGAACAUUUCUUCAGCGUGACGGAUGAAUCUGCAUUGAAGGAUAUCGUCGAUGCUCUGGGAGAGAAAAUCUUCAGUUUGGAGGGCACCAUCCAGAACGAGACGGCCUUUGGCUUGCAGAUGUCUCAGGCCGGCUUCUCCUCUCAUAUCGUGGAGGACGGGAUUCUGCUUGGUGCCGUUGGAGCGUACGACUGGAACGGAGCGGUUCUCAAGGAGACCCGUCACGGUAAAGUCAUCCCACCCAAAUCCUCUUAUCUGAAAGAGUUUCCAGAGGAACUGAAGAACCACGCAGCUUAUCUGGGGUACACGGUUUCCUCGGUGGUCUCGGCUCAACACGGUCAGCUGUACGUUGCUGGAGCUCCUCGAUUCAACCACACGGGGAAAGUGAUCAUCUUCACCCUGACCAACAGCGGAAACCUCACCAUUCUUCACUCUCUACACGGACAACAGAUCGGGUCGUAUUAUGGUAGCGAGUUGGCAGCUGUCGACCUGGACGACGACGGAGUGACGGAUCUCCUCCUGGUCAGCGCUCCCAUGUUCUUCCACAGAGGCUGGGAGACGGGACGCGUUUACAUCUACACCAUCAUGGCAGAGGGACAUUUUAUAGAAGAUGGAGCUCUUGGACCAUCAGAACAGACUCUUGAUUCUCGGUUUGGCGCAGCCAUGUCGGCUCUUCCGGAUCUGAACGGCGAUGGCUUCAGAGAGCUGGUGGUGGGAGCGCCGCUGGAGGAAAACCACAAGGGGGCGAUCUAUGUAUUCUACGGCCGGCAAAACGGCAUCCACCCCAAACACAAACAGAGGAUAUCAGGCAGUGAAAUCUCCUCUGGUCUGCUGUAUUUUGGCCGCAGCGUUCACGGGGCGAUGGACUUGAACAAAGAUGGACUCGUAGAUCUCUCCGUGGGCUCCUUGGGGGCCGCAGUUCUGCUUUGGUCUCGUAGUGUUGUGCGUGUGGGGAUCAGAGUGAUCUUUGAACCCUCGAAGGUGAACGUGUUUAAUAAAGACUGCGUCAGAGCCGGACGUGAAGUGUCGUGUAUGUUGGCCACAGUUUGUUUGAACGUCACAGCGCAGACGCCGAUGUCUGGUCCAAAAACAGUAGCGCUGAGGUACAGCUGUAGGUUUGAGGAGAACAGAUAUUUCCCCCGAGCCGUGUUUGACAGCACAGACCUCCAGCAGCCCACAGACAUCAUCAUUCAUCCUGAUACAGAAUACUGCCAGCGACUCUUCUUUCACGUACAUGAAGUGACAGAUUUCACACAGCCGAUCAUCUUCACUGUGAAUGUUGGACUACAGAACCUGGAGGAGGGUCCUGUGCUGGAUGAUGGAUGGCCCACCAGUCUGAUGUCAGAGCUUCCAUUCUGGAAUGGUUGUGAUGAUGAUGAUCAUUGUUUUCCAAACCUCGUCCUGCAGAGCAGCUCUGACUUAUUAGAUCGCAGGCAGUUCUGUGGGCGUCAGGAGAGAUUGGGGUGGCCCCUGUGUGCCCUUCAGAGGGUGAGGAUGAGCAGUGAGCGGGUGAUAGAAGCCAACAGGAGGAAAGUUCUGGUAGAUGCUCAUUUGGAGAACAGAGGAGAGAACGCAUACAACACCAUCCUGCACGUGACACACUCUCCAAACCUGCUCUUCUCCAGUCUGGUGGUGAAGGGACCUUCAGACGUUGCGAUUGAUUGUCCGAACUUUGAAGAUCCAAAUGUUCACAGGACCUGUAACAUCAGCGCUCCCUUCAUGAAGUCAAACGCUCAGGUCCAUUUUCACCUUGAGUUUGAGUUUAGCAGGACUGUCUUCUUAAACUAUGUCCAGAUCACCCUGAGGGUCUCCAGUGAAAGUGAAGAGAUCUCUCCAGAGGACAACAUCAAUGACAUCUAUCACACCCUCAAAUAUGAAGCAGACGUUCUCUUCACACGAGAUUCCAGUCCGUCCCGUUUCGAGAUCAAACCUGAUGUCGUGCAGAGUUUCCCCAUCGGUACAGGACCAGGAUUCAAUCUCUCCUAUCAGAUCCAGAAUCUGGGUCUGUUUCCCAUAUCAGAUCUUCUCUUCACGCUGAGCGUCUUCGCUGUGAUUAGAAAUGCUGAUUCUCUCCUGCACAUAUCAGACCUGGAUAUCGAUCAGACGUCUGGCUCUCACUGUAAUGUUCCACGUGUCAUCACCGCCGGUUCAUCACUUCACGAGGACCUCUCCAUCAACCCGAACUCGUCCGUCAGCGACGCAUUAUUUGCGCAGUGCAGAAUCAACCUGCUUCCUCAGAGAGACGUGAGCGUCACCGCAGCGGGAUUCCUCGACAUCCACACGCUCUAUGCCGUGAAUUUUAAAAAGCUGGAGCUGGUGAUGACGGCCGCAGUGGAGCUGAGCUCCUCCAGUCCGAUGUUUCUUCACGAGGAACGGCCGGCGAGACAUAUAAUCCUGGAGAUCAGAAAAGAGGAAGAAAGCAGAAUACCCAUCUGGGUGAUCGUCGGAAGCACUCUGGGUGGAAUACAGCUUCUCGCCCUGCUGGUCCUGGCUCUCUGGAAGCUUGGAUUCUUUAACAGGCAGAAGAAAAAGAAGAACGAGCAGUCGACCGACGAGAAGAGCGCUGAGGAUGGGUAGUUCCACGGCAACCGCAUCACAACCUCCUCUAUAGCCAAUCACUCAGGGACUCCCUACGCACUGCCACGCCCCCUCACUCUGACAUGGAACCAAUCAGAACGCCUCGUGCUGCUCCGAUAUUGCACACAGAUGUGAAAAUGCUUUCAUGAGGCUCAAACUGUGACUUUUCUGAGAAAAGAACAGAAAUAGACGUCAACAACGAAAGACAAUUGAAAACACAGGAGUGACAAACUGAGAAAUCCACCUCGGCGAGAAUUUAACGUCUCGUCUGUUUAGUGACGAUUGAAAUGUUUGCGUGUUGUGACUGUAAUCGUCACUUUUUUUGCUACGGCGUAAAUUCAAGCGGAGUUUGCACAGUGUCAACAGUUUCAACUUGAAAUCUGUACAUAUGAAAAAAGCUUUAUUAAAAUUCAGCAAUAUAUUGUAACACAAUAAAAGAUAUUUAACCGUUAGAUUAUUAUGCACCACGAACUUGCGCACGCAAAAGACACGAAAUGUGAAUCACCCCUUAUUCAACUUUUUCCCACUCUUUAAACAUCUGUUUAAGAUAAAAUGUGUGAAAUAUGCUUUUAUAUCCAGGCAUCAUUAUUUAUGUACAGUUCAUGGGCAAGAAACAGUUUUUAGGUCUGUCAUCAUUUAUUUACCGCCAUGUCAUUGCAAACAUGAACGAGUUUCUUUCUUCUGCAGAACACAAAAGAAGAUAUUUUGAAGAACGGUGGUUACCAAUCGACAUUAAACUCCAUAGACUUCAACUGUAUGAACACAAAACCACGGAGACAUUUCUCAAAAUAUCUUCUUUUGUGUUUCGUAAGAGAAGAGUCCUUUACAGGUUUACAACCACAUGAGGGUUAAUAAAUGAUGACAGGACUUUUUUAUUGUGUGAAAUGUGUGAAAAUUUAAAGAACAAAUAACAUGGAAAUGACCUUCUGUCUGACAUUGUUCACAAUUCACAUUCAUUCAUGUAUAUUUUAUAGCCUCGAUUAGCCUGAGAAUGAACACUGCUUAUACACCAUUUGAAAGAUUUUAGGUUUUAGAUGAAGUUUGUCCCACUGCAGGAUCUGAACAGGUCUCCACAAACCUUCUCCUCAGACUAAAACUUUACGGUACACAGCAGUAAUUUCACUGUGACUUUCACUCUUUCACUCACUUUAUUUCCUCUUUUGCAACGUUUUUUUGUAUAUAAAGAUUAUAGAACAACGAAAUGUUCAUUGUGCACAUUAUUGUGUAAGAGCAGAAUAUUGUAUGAUUACACUUGUGAAACCAUAUAAACUUGUAUAUUAAUAUUUAUAUAAACUGCAUAAGAGAUCUGAGUCUGAAUUAAAAAAGUGUUUUAUUAUUAUAACUGUGGAAUCACUGAAUUUGCCGUUUAAAAGGUGAAAUAUUUGCUUUUUAAUUCAAACCUGAAUAGGAAUUGAGAGACGCUUGAUGCUUAUUUGACAUCUUUACAAGAUACCAGAUACUCUAGAAAAUAAUUAAUAUUUUGGUCGAUACAAAACUUAAUUAGUUCCUGUGUUAUUUUAUAGUUUUAUCAAGUUUAUAUAUCUUCCGAAAUGCAGAAAACUGUCCUACUGAA